AUGCUCGGAGCGGCCCAUUUGUCAACCUUAGCCCCCCGACGGUCCCCUCAGGCCCCCUCAGGCCCCCUCAGGCCUCCCCAGGCCCCCCCAGGCCCUCCACGACCCUCCCAACGACAAAAGAAACGCGAGCCUCAGAUGAAACUAAAGCUAUGCCAAUUUAUGUCGUCCUCGACUCGCGGUGUGCUCAUACCAGCUUCAAAAUGCAAUAAUAAUAAUGACAUUACUACCCAUUCCCCGGACACUACGACAGAGGCAGCUUUUGAACAUAGUAUACACAAAUACCAAAUAUAA